AUGUAUUCUUUCUAUGAGGACAAAGAGAUGAAACGCCGAAUCGUGAUGGAAGAGAUAUAUGAAGAAGUGUUGCAGAUGAGACAUAGAACGGAAUUGGCUGUCCAAAGAAUGCAAGAAGCACAACGCCAAAAAGAGUUCCAAGAGAUGAAUUAUAUGCGAAAUGAGCUUGCGCAAAGUGUUGAACGAAUGAGUCUUCAUCUCCAAACUAUAAUUGACAACAACUCAAGAAGAGAGAGACAAGAAGCUCAUGAGAAAGUAAUCUCAUCAAUGGAGGACAAUGAUGUAGAAGAUGAACCAAGGGAGGUGGUACUGCAGCCAGUACCUAUACUUCUUCCACCACCAUACUCACUCAAGGGAACAGAGAAACUCACUUGUGGGAGUGAGCUGGUGGAUGUGCUGAAACUUGAUGAGACUUGUCCUCCAAAUGAAGAGGUAGUUGACUUGGAAUUUAUACAUACCUUGAUGAAUGAAGAAGAGUCAACUAUCUCCAUUGAUGAGGGUCAUGUUGAUGGGGUCAAAGGUAAACAUACUUGGGGAGUGCAAGAAGAGAUGGUUGAUUUUCAUCAAUUUCAAGCCGAGAAAAUCCCCAAAGUGUUGGAAGAGUGGAGCAAGAAAGAUUUUCCUCUAUGUUGGAUGAUUCAAAAGUAUGCUUCCUGGAGGCACGAUAAGCUAAUUGAUGGCACAUUCUUGUGGUAUCAAGAUGGCUAUUCUGAGUGA